CUUCAGACCACAACCACCACUUCCACUGAGAGACGACAUCUACAGGAGGGAAUAUUGGGAAUACUGGGAUACCACCACUACAACCAGCUGCUGAAUCCACAAACUGAACGGAAGAUGUACAACAUAAACGGUGGCUGAGCCGUCUGCCUGCUGUGUUUUCAGCUUCACUCAGAGACUAAAUGGCUUCCAGAUUAGAGGACGAUCUCUGCUGUUCUGUCUGCCACGACGUCUUUAAAGAUCCUGUCAUGCUGUCAUGUAGCCACAGCUUCUGUAAAGUCUGUCUGCAGAGCUGGUGGACAGAGAAACACGUCCAAGAGUGUCCACUUUGUAAGAGAAGACAUUCAAAGGAUAUACUACCUUCUAACUUGGCUUUAAAGAACCUGUGUGAGAGUUUCUUACAGGAGAGAGCUCAGAGAUCUUCAGAGGCUCUCUGCAGUCUGCACUCUGAGAAACUCAAACUCUUCUGUCUGGACCAUCAGCAGCCGGUGUGUCUCGUCUGCAGAGAUUCAGAAAAACACACCAACCACAGAAUCAGACCCAUCGAUGAAGCUGCACGACAACACAAGAAGGAACUUCAGGAAACUCUGGAGCCCUUAAAGGAGAAGUUAAAGGUUUUUGAAGAAGUCAAGGUGAAGUUUGAUCAAACAGCAGAACACAUGAAGGUCCAGGCCCGACACACAGAGAGGCAGAUUAAGGAGCAGUUUAAGAAGCUUCACCAGUUUCUAGAAGAGGAAGAGGAGACCAGGAUGGCUGCACUGAGGGAGGAAGAGGAGCAGAAGAGUCAGAUGAUGAAGGAGAAGAUGGAGGCUGUGAGCAGAGAGAUAGCAGCUCUUUCAGACACAGUCAGAGCCACAGAGGACGAGCUGAGAGCUGAAGACGUCUCAUUCCUGCUCAACUACAAGGCUGCAGUGGAAAGAGUCCAGCAGCGCCCCCUGCUGGAGGAUCCACAGCUGCUCUCAGGAGCUCUGAUAGACCAGGCCAAACACCUGGGCAACCUGACCUUCAACAUCUGGAACAAGAUGAAGGACAUGGUCUCCUACACUCCUGUGAUUCUGGACCCAAACACUGCUCAUCCAAAACUCAUCCUGUCUGAAGAUCUGACCAGUGUGAGACCAGGACAGAAACAGCAGCUUCCUGAUAAUCCAGAGAGGAUCGAAGGUUUCCUCGCCGUCCUGGGUUCUGAGGGCUUUAACUCAGGGACUCAUAGCUGGGACAUUGAGGUUGGGGACUGUACAUACUGGGAACUGGGUGUGUUAGCAGAGUCUGUACAGAGGAAGGGGUUCAUCCGCUCUGGAUUAUGGAGACUAGGGUUCUAUAAUGGUAAAUAUUCAUCGUUCUCCCCGUCACGUCUACCUACUGUUCUCCGAGUGAAGAAGAAGCUCCAGAGGAUCAGAGUGAAUCUGGACUGGAACGAAGGAAAGCUGUCGUUCUUUGACCCGGAUACUAACUCAAACAUUCACACCAUCACACACACUUUCACUGAGAGGAUGUUUCCAUUAAUUUACACUGUGGAUGAUCUCCCAGUGAAGAUUUUACCAGUGACUAUCUCUGUAGCAGUGGAACAACAGAACUACAAGAGGAUGAUGGCGAUGUGGAGGACAUCUACAGAAUAAUAAAAACAAUAAACCCUUUUUGUGUCGACGUCAUGAUGAGGUCACGGUGUUAGCUAGAGGCAAAACAAAGGAAAGACUGGAGGCUAACACUAGCAGUGGG